GAACGGUAAAAUCUCACUAAACGUUUUCGUUGAACUGCCAAAACGGUCAAAAGGUGAACAUGUCUUCCGCCGCAGGAUCCGGCCUAUGGAAGAGGCCGGCGAGCUCGUCCUUUCGAACCCCCCCGCCUUCUUCAGUCGCAGGCGGGCCUCUCAGGUUGGACAUCGACCAGCCUCCGCGAUCCCAACCGGUCCUACAAGCCCUCUCUUUUGCAUUUGUGCUCGCUUUCGCCGCCCUACAGCUCCUUCCGGCCACUCACUUCCGUCACCCGGCAGAUCCUAGCCGCAGCUGGAUGCCCUUCUCUUCCAAGACGAAUACUUCUACGUUGACCAAAUCUAAAGAUCCUCUCAUGGAGCGACUUAGUAAUGCCGAAAAUCAUGAUGUGGAAAUUGGAAGGAUUAAUGUGGUUAGUUGGAUGGAUUGUUUGGAUCUUAGAAUGCUUGCUGUACUAGCUAAUUCGACCCUAUCUAGCUCAAGAUUGUCAGAGCAUGUUUAUUUUAGUUUCUUUGUGCCUGAAAGUGAAGAUGUGAAAUUGUCCUACUACAAGCUGAAAGUAUUGUUUCCUGAUUCAAACCUGGAUCUCUUUGGGCAAAAUGAAGUCAAAUCUAAACUUAGAACUGCUGCACCAGAAUGGGAAUUUCUUAGGCUCUCAAUUAAUGAGCUAGCCUCUUUCAUCAUCCCAAGCACCAAAACUUCUUUGACAAAAUUUGCUUUUGUAUCACCGGGAACCAUUAUGAAGGGUAGGAUUGAGGAGCUCUUUGAUUUUGAUUUAGGCCCUUAUGCCAUUGCAGCCACUGAGGACUGCAGUAGAAGAUUGAGUGAUUAUGUUAAUAUAGACAUCUUAAAUGCCAUUCGGAGAACAGCCGCUAAAACUUGGAUAUCAGAGAAAUUAUAUGACAAAGAUUCUUGUGUACCAGACCUGAGUUUGUUUCUGGUUAAUGUGGCGAACUUGGAUAAGAAUUUUCUAGAGUCCAUUCGAUGGUGGAAUCAAGUUCUUGAUUUGAAACAUGAAAGGAACAAUCCGGUAAACGCAGUGAUUGCCGUUGCACUCUACAACAAGUACUACAAGCUUCCUGAUGCUUGGAAGCUUGUUGAUUCCAGGACUGCAAGCUCGGAGGCCAAGGUUCUCCAUUAUGAUGUACCACCCACAAUGGGUUGCUCAAACCAGAAGAGUCAGAGAGAGCCAUCCGGCUUUAGCGAUAUUUGGCGGCACUAUCUACCUCCAAAAUCUGAUGUCAUAUUGGCAAACUAA